AGGUGCAGACUCGGUGUGACUUGGCAGGGGAAUGAGGAGAUGUCCCCCAAAAAACUUUGCAUGUUUUGCUUCAGGAGGAAGCUACAAAAGAGAAAUUGUAAAAAUGAUAAGAGUCCAUGCAUCCACUUCACCCUGCUUGCUUUGAUUUUUCAAAUGCCCGAAUCUCCUGCAUCUCUUCCUCUAGGUUUUCACGAGUCUUGGGAAAGUGGGUGACCUGAUAUCCUAGGUCCUACAUCCUAUUCAGCCUGUUGAUUUCUUCUUUUGACUUCCGUGAUGAUUAUCACUACCAACCCUUCGGUCUACUCCAAAUCAGAAUGAGGGAGCCACAUCUCCAGGCAAGCUGACAGCUGGUUGUCUGGGGAAUCCAGAAUUACAGUCUCCUGUGACACAAGAAAUCCAGCAGGCACUGGAAAAGGCAUAAAAAACAAUCACCCAGAGAUGUCUCUUCAGCACUUCUGAAACCUGGAUCAUUGAAGGACACUGCUCAAAGGAAGCACUGCACCAAAGCCUCCUCUUCCAUUUCAUCCAAAGUAAAGCUCGAUCUGCAAAACUUCUCUCCCUUCUCUUUACCUAGAAAGACAAGAUGAUUGCAGUCUACAGCAGUACCAACCCUGCACCCUGUGUGUCCAGGUUUGUGUCUCAAAACUGCAGGAAAUGAUCAACUUUCAGGAAUCAGUGACAUUUCGGGAUGUGGCUGUGGACUUCACCCCAGAGGAGUGGCAACUGCUUGACUGUGAUCAGAGAAUGAUGUAUUGGGAUGUGAUGUUGGACAACUAUAGAAAUCUCAUUUCAGUGGGGUCUCCAGUUACUAAACCAGAACUGAUCCUCAAGACAGAACAAGGACAAGAGCCGUGGCCAGAGGAGGAAGAAAAUCUACAUUGGAGCUAUCCAGAAGCUGACUGUCUACUUGAUGAACCAGAGAAGCGGCAGGAAAGCAAAGACAAUUUUUUGAAGUCGGUUUUGUUCACGUUCAAUAGAAUUCUGAAUAUGGAGAAACUCCACCUUUAUAAUAGGAGCACAAAUCUUAAUCCAACAAGAAAAAAGUCACAUAAACGUAAAUCAUAUGGGAAGAAUUUGGAACCUAAUUUACACUUACUUGAUUAUAAUAGAAGUUACACUGGAGAAAACUCCUGUGAAUGCAAUGAAUGUGGGAAAGCCUUCAAAAAGAAGUUUCAUUUCAUUAGACAUGAAACAAGUCACACAAGAAAAAAGUCCUUAGAAUGUAAUGUCUGUGGGAAAGCUUAUAGUAGGAAGGCAUACCUCAUAGCUCAUCAGAAAAUGCAUAGUGGAGAGAGACCCUAUAGAUGCCCUGAGUGUGGGAAAGCUUUUACACAGAAAUCCUACCUUGUGAACCACAAAAGACUUCACACUGGAGAAAAACCUUAUAAGUGCAGUCAGUGUGGGAAAACAUUCAUUUGGAGCUCUUCUUUUAAUCAACAUGUGAAGUCUCAUAUGCUUGAGAACCCGUUUGAAUGUAAGGAAUGUGGGAAAACCUUCAAGUAUAGUUCAUCCCUCUAUAAGCAUUCUAGAAGUCACACAGGAGAGAAACCCUACCGAUGUGUCGUGUGUGGCAAGGCCUUUGGCAACACAUCUGUACUUGUUACACAUCAAAGAAUUCAUACAGGAGAGAAACCUUACGGAUGUAUUGAAUGUGGCAAAGCCUUCAUCAAGAAGUCUCAUCUCCUUAGACAUCAGGUAACUCAUACAGGAGAGAAGCCCUAUGAAUGUAACAUAUGUCGGAGAGCAUUUUCCCAGAAGUCAAAUCUUAUUGUACAUCAAAAAAUGCAUACUUAGUAUUUAUGAAUACAACAGCCUUAAAUACCAGAUGAAUCUGUUAAAUAGCAGAGAACUCAUGGUGCGAAGUCCACUAUUUGAAUGCUCAAGUGUACAGUCCUGUCAGAAAAAAAUGUCAGUGCCAAUCAUGUCUUGGCUGUGAUAAAUUUCUUUUAAAAACACAAAAAAAUUGAACUACAGAUAAUAUAGCAUAGAGCUUGGAAAGUCAGUAUAAAUUAAAUAAUGAGUCAGGGCAAACUAGGUACCAUUUCUGGUUUUUAUGAUAAAUAUAUAAGUUGAAUGUAAAAUAAAUGCUUAUUACACUGGUAGGUUAUUAAAGUCUGUGGUGCCCGUAGUCCUUGCUGAGGUGGAAAGAUCACUUGGGUCUAAGAGCUCACAAUCAGCCGGGGCAACACAGUAAGCCUCAGUCUCAAAUAAGAACCAAAAACAAAAAUACUAAAAAGUUUCUACAGGGGCCGGGAAUUUAGCUCAGCGGUAUAAGCGCCUGCCUGGCAAGCAUGAGGUUGUGAGUUCCUUCCCCGGUACCAAAUAUAAAUAAAUAAAAAAUCAAAGUUUCUACGGGACAAAAGUUAUGAUUUUUUCCUUCCAUCUCUAAUAACAUCUGCAUAAUUGAGGAAAUGUGGUUUAUGUAAUAUAAACUGGGGUCAGGGAUUUAGCUCAGCAGUAUAAGCGCAUGCCUGGCAAGCCAGAGAUUGUGAGUUUGAUUCCUGGUGUCAAAAAACAAAACAAACAUAUAUAUAAUGAAUUUCAGUAAUAUUUUCACUAUUUUAUUGGCACUUUUUAAAAUUUUAUUUUUGCUUGUACUGGCAAUUAAACCCAGGGCCCUUGGCACCAAGUACUUCCCAAUUCUUUAUUUCGCAUUUUUAUUUUUAUUUUAUCUUUUGAGAUGGUCUUGCUCUGUAGUUUAGGCUGACUUUGAACUCACUUUGUAGCCCAAAUGGCCUCAAACUCACAGCAGUCCUUCUGCCUCAGUCUUCCAAGUGCUAGAAUUACAGGUAUGCGCCACCACACCUGGUUUUAUUGGCAGUUUUAACAGGCACAGCAGUGUUACUGAAUCUGGGUCUCUGCAUUAAUUAUAGAAGUAAAGACUUUCUUUUUUUUUCUUUUUUUUUUUUUUAAGACAAGAUCUCACUUUGAGGUGCAGGCUGGCCUUGAAUUUGCUACGUAGCCCAGACUCUUUGAAUUCAUGGCAACCCUCCUGCCUCAGCCUCCUGAGUGCCGGGAUUAGAGGCAUGUGCCAUCACACCCCGCUAAGAUUCUUACAAGGAUGUUUUCCUAUGUAUGUAAAUGCCAAAACAAAGUUUAACAAGAUAUUAAUUGAAAAAAGCAAUUUUGUUUUGUAUUACAGUAAGCUUUCAGGUAAGGAAAAGUAUGUAUUAAAUAAAACAUUUGUACUUUAAA